UGUGUCAGUGCUGUGCUGGCGCUGUGUCGGUGCCGUGCCGGGGCUGUGGCGGCGGAGCGGCUCGGGCACACGGAAACAAGAACUCUGAAAUCAUGGCGGGGAAACCCAAGCUGCACUACACCAAGGGAAGGGGGAAGAUGGAGUCAAUCCGAUGGCUGUUAGCAGCAGCUGGGGUUGAGUUUGAGGAACAAUUCAUAGAGACAAAAGAAGACUUAGAAAAAUUGCGCAAUGAUGGAGUCCUGCUGUUUCAGCAGGUGCCCAUGGUGGAGAUGGAUGGGAUGAAGAUGGUGCAGACCAGAGCCAUCCUCAGCUACAUUGCAGCAAAGUACAACCUCUAUGGGAAGGACCUGAAGGAGAGAGCCUGGAUUGAUAUGUACGUGGAGGGAACUACAGACCUAAUGGGAAUGAUCAUGUAUCUCCCUUUUCAACCAGCUGAUACAAAAGAAAAGAAUCUUGCCUUAAUCAUUGAACGAGCUACAACCAGGUACUUCCCUGUUUAUGAAAAGGCCUUAAAAGAUCAUGGACAGGAUUAUCUUGUUGGCAACAAAUUAAGCUGGGCAGAUGUCCAUCUGCUGGAAGCCAUUUUAAUGGUAGAAGAAUGUAAGCCUGAUGUACUGUCUGCAUUCCCUCUGCUGCAGGCUUUUAAAGGAAGAAUCAGCAACAUUCCAACAAUCAAAAAAUUCUUACAGCCUGGCAGCCAGCGGAAGCCACCAACAGAUGAGAAGUUUGUUGCUGUUGUGAGGAAAAUAUUCAAUAUCUAAUCUGAUGAAAAUAACCCAACUGUAGUAUAUUACCAGAGCUUGCUUUGUAAGAGUAAAUUGCAUAGAUGUGCUCUGUAACCUGCAUCAUAUGGCCAGUGUUGAAAUAAUACACUGUGAAUACACUUUUAAAUUAGAGUAAAAGGCUGAUUAGGAUCUGUUGAGUCUAGAAAGAAGAAUUUAAUGAAGCAGUUAUAUGAAAUAAAAUAUGCUGACACUU